AUGACCGUCGAUAUCAUGCGUUUACCCAAAAUGGAAGAUCAAACGGCUAUACAGGAAGCUGCAUCGCAAGGCUUAAAAAGCAUGGAAGACCUGAUUCGCGUCCUCUCUAACCGUCCCGAAGACCAAAACGUUGACUGCUCCGAGAUCACCGAUUUCACCGUCUCCAAGUUCAAAAAAGUCAUCUCUCUCCUAAACCGAUCCGGUCAUGCCCGGUUUAGACGCGGACCGGUUCACUCUCCUCCUUCAUCUUCCUCUCCCUCCCCCGUCGUUGCUCAGCCUAUUAAGGUGAUACCUCCACAACAUCAGAUCUCUGCUCCGGCACCGGUGAUUACUCCGGCGAGCUUCGUUCAGUCACAUCAACAGAGCAUGACGCUUGAUUUCACCAGACCAAGCGUAUUUGGCGCCAAAACCAAGAGCUCGGAGGUUGUGGAGUUUGCUAAGGAGAGUUUUAGCGUAUCAUCGAACUCUUCUUUCAUGUCUUCGGCGAUCACCGGCGACGGAAGUGUCUCUAAGGGAUCCUCGAUUUUCCUCGCUCCGGCGCCGCAUGUGGCUUCCUCCGCUAAGCCGCCGCUUUCUGGUCUCCCUUACAGAAAGAGAUGCUUUGAGCAUGACCACUCCGAGGACUUUUCCGGCAAGAUCUCUGGCUCCGGCAACGGCAAAUGCCACUGCAAGAAAAGUAGGAAAAAUCGGAUGAAGAAAACCGUGAGAGUCCCCGCGAUAAGCGCAAAGAUCGCCGAUAUUCCACCGGACGAGUUUUCAUGGAGGAAGUACGGACAAAAACCGAUCAAGGGCUCACCACACCCACGGGGUUAUUACAAGUGUAGUACGUUUAGAGGGUGUCCAGCGAGGAAACACGUGGAACGAGCAUCGGAUGAUCCAACGAUGCUGAUUGUGACUUACGAAGGGGAGCACCGUCACCACCAGUCUGCGAUGCACGAGAACAUGUCUCCGAGUUUGGUAUUUGGCUCGGCUUGA